CAUCUUUGGCAGAGACAAGACAUUUCCACUGUGGCAUUGGCAGGGCUUCCACCAGCAGCACCAGAACGUUAAAGAAACCCCACAUUGAAAGCCAGAAGGAACAAAGGACAUGGAUCACAUGUCUCCCAGGCUGCGGGCCUUCCUCUCUGAACCUAUGGGGGAGAAAGACAUUGCCUGGGUGGAUGGGGUCAGCCGAGAGCUUGCCAUCAAUCUCAUCACCAAAGGUUUCAACAAGGCCUACACCUUGUUGGGACAGUUCCUUCUGAUGCACAAGAAUGAAGCUGACUUCCAGAAGUGGCUCAUUUGUUGCUGUGGUGCCACAGAGUAUGAGGCUAAGGAGAGUUCUAACUGUCUGAAGCAGUGGUGUGCCUGCUUCCUAUGAACACAUGCCUUCUUGCUCUGCUGGCUGGAUAAAAGAACUUGUUCUGUACACAAA